GACAAAAUCCGCGAAAGGACUUUGAAAACACUUGCCGCUCUGCAUCCUCACUCGCUUGGGAAUACAAAACUUUCUAACCAUGUCAGCGGCCAUGUGGAAAUGGACUUUCCUGAUUUCCCACCUGCUCCUAUCUACCAUGAUGUCAUCCCUCGCUAGGCAACAGCCGCCUCAUCCAAAGAGGCCCUUUGCCACUUUCCCCGGAGAGCAGGCAGAGGGGACUUUUAAUCACUUGGUGGUUGAUGAAAAAACUGGGCACAUUUACUUGGGGGCCGUCAACAGGAUCUACAAACUCUCCAAUGACCUAAAAGUUCUGGUGACCCACCAGACUGGUCCAGAUCAGGAUAACCCAAAGUGCUAUCCUCCGAGGAUAGUCCAGACUUGCAAUGAGCCCUUGACUCUCACUAACAACAUCAACAAGGUGCUCCUGAUAGACUACAAGGAGAACAGGUUGAUUGCCUGUGGGAGCCUUUACCAGGGGAUCUGCAAGCUGUUGAGGCUGGAGGACCUCUUCAAGCUGGGAGAGCCCUUCCAUAAGAAGGAGCAUUACCUCUCUGGGGUAAAUGAGAGUGGCUCUGUUUUUGGAGUCAUUGUUUCUUACAGCCACAUGGAUGACAAUCUGUUCAUUGCCACUGCCGUGGACGGCAAGCCGGAGUACUUCCCUACCAUCUCCAGCAGGAAGCUCACCAAGAACUCUGAGGCAGACGGGAUGUUUGCUUAUGUCUUUCACGAUGAGUUCGUGGCAUCCAUGAUCAAGAUCCCCUCAGAUACGUUCACCAUCAUCCCAGACUUCGACAUAUACUACAUCUACGGCUUCAGCAGCGGCAACUUCGUAUACUUUCUGACCCUGCAGCCCGAGAUGAUCUCCCCGCCUGGCUCCACCACCAAGGAGCAGGUCUACACCUCCAAGCUGGUCCGGCUCUGCAAGGAGGAUGCAGCCUUCAACUCCUACGUUGAAGUGCCCAUUGGCUGCGAGAAGAAUGGAGUGGAGUAUCGGCUCCUCCAAGCAGCCUAUUUAUCUAAGGCAGGUGCCAUCUUGGCCAGGUCCUUGGGUGCCAGCCCCGACGACGAUAUCCUUUUCACAGUCUUCUCCAAGGGGCAGAAGAGGAAAAUGAAGUCCUUGGAUGAGUCUGCUCUGUGCAUCUUCAUCCUGAAAAAGAUCAAUGACCGCAUCAAAGAAAGGCUUCAGUCCUGCUACAGGGGAGAGGGGACCUUAGAUCUGGCCUGGCUCAAAGUCAAGGACAUUCCCUGUAGCAGCGCGCUGUUAACAAUUGAUGACAAUUUCUGCGGCCUGGAUAUGAAUGCCCCUCUGGGAGUAUCGGAGAUGGUGCGAGGACUCCCCAUCUUCACUGAAGACAGGGACAGGAUGACAUCCGUGAUCGCCUACGUCUACAAGAACCACUCACUGGCAUUUGUGGGCACCAAAAGUGGCAAGAUGAAAAAGAUCCGCGUAGAUGGCCCCACCAAUAGUGCCCUGGAGUAUGAGAUCGUGCAGGUGGUGGACACCGGCCCCAUAUUACGGGAUAUGGCCUUUUCAGUGGAUCAUGAGCACCUGUACAUCAUGUCUGAGAAGCAGCUGACCAGAGUGCCUGUGGAGUCGUGUGGGCAGUACAAGACCUGCAGUGCGUGCCUGGGCUCCGGGGACCCGCACUGUGGCUGGUGUGUGCUUCACAACACGUGCACCAGGAAGGAACGGUGCGAGCGCUCCAGCGAGCCUCGGAGAUUCGCCUCGGAGAUGAAGCAGUGUGUCCGGCUCACCGUGCAUCCCAACAACAUCUCCGUCUCCCAGUACAACGUGCUGCUGGUCUUGGAGACUUACAACGUCCCUGAGUUGUCAGCAGGGGUCAACUGCACCUUCGAGGACCUUUCCGAGAUGGACGGCUUGGUGGUGGGGAACCAGAUCCAAUGCAUCUCCCCGGCUGCCAAGGAGGUGCCCCAGAUAAUCAUGGAGAAUGGAGACCAUCACAUUGUCCAGCUCCAGCUCAAGUCCAAGGAGACAGGCAUGACCUUUGCCAGCACCAGCUUUGUCUUCUACAACUGCAGCGUCCACAACUCGUGUCUGUCCUGUGUGGAGAGCCCCUAUCGGUGUCACUGGUGCAAAUAUCGCCACGUCUGCACCCACGACCCCCGUUCCUGCUCCUUCCAGGAAGGGCGAGUCAAGCUGCCAGAGGACUGUCCUCAGUUGCUCCAGGCAGACAAGAUCCUGGUGCCGGUGGAAGUGAUCAAGCCAAUCACCCUGAAAGCCAAGAACCUGCCACAGCCGCAGUCGGGGCAGCGGGGCUAUGAGUGUAUCCUGAAUAUCCAGGGCAACGAGCAGCGGGUCCCCGCCCUGAGGUUUAACAGCUCCAGCGUGCAGUGCCAGAACACCUCGUAUUCAUAUGAAGGGAUGGAGAUUAACAGCCUGCCGGUGGAGCUGACAGUCGUGUGGAAUGGGAAUUUCAACAUUGACAACCCAGCGCAGAACAAAGUGCACCUGUACAAGUGUGGGGCCAUGCGGGACAGCUGCGGCCUGUGCCUGAAAGCCGACCCAGACUUCGAGUGUGGCUGGUGCGAGGGACAGAACCAGUGCACGCUGAAACACCACUGCCCCAUCCCGGAGAACCAGUGGCUGGAACUGUCCGGGACCAAAGGCAAAUGCACCAAUCCCCGGAUCACUGACAUCAUCCCGGUGACGGGCCCUCGGGAAGGAGGAACCAAAGUGACAAUCCGGGGGGAGAAUCUGGGCCUGGAGUUCCGGGACAUUGCAUCUCAUGUCAAAGUGGCUGGAGUGGAGUGCAAACCACUGGUGGAAGGAUACAUCCCGGCAGAGCAGAUAGUGUGCGAGAUGGGAGAGGCCAAACCCAGCCAGCACGCCGGAUUCGUGGAGAUCUGCGUGGCCGAGUGUAAGCCCGAGUUCAUGGCCAGGUCCUCCCAGCUGUACUACUUUAUGACUCUGACUCUCUCUGACCUGAAGCCAAAGCGGGGUCCAGUGUCGGGGGGCACACAGGUGACCAUUACAGGCACCAACCUGAAUGCUGGCAGCAACGUUGUGGUGACAUUUGGCCGGCAGCCCUGUCUCUUUUACAGGAGGUCCACGAAGUACAUUGUCUGUAACACCACGGCCUCGGAUGAUGGCUUUGAUAAGGUGAAGGUGUCCGUGAGGGUGGACAAGGCCAAGAUACAUCAGGAGUUGCAGUUUGAGUACAUGGAGGACCCCACCAUCCUGAGGAUUGAGCCGGAGUGGAGCAUCAUCAGUGGAAACACUCCCAUAGCUGUGUGGGGGACUCACCUGGACCUUAUCCAGAACCCUCAGAUCCGGGCCAAGCAUGGUGGGAAGGAACAUGUCAAUAUCUGCGAGGUACAGAAUGCCACAGAGAUGACCUGCCAGGCCCCAGCACUGGCCGUGGACCCAAAUCACCAGUCUGAGCUAACUGAGCGCCCAGAAGAGUUUGGUUUUAUCCUGGAUAAUGUUCAGUCCCUGCUGAUCCUCAACAAAACCAACUUCACCUACUACCCAAACCCAGUCUUUGAGGGUUUCAACCCCUCGGGGAUCCUGGAGCUGAAGCCAGGAACGCCCAUCAUACUAAAGGGGAAGAACCUAAUCCCACCGGUGACUGGAGGGAAUGCCAAGCUGAAUUACACUGUGCUGAUAGGUGAGAAGCCAUGUGUGGUGACCGUGUCGGAUGUGCAGCUGCUGUGCGAGUCCCCAAACCUCAUUGGACGGCACAAAGUGAUGGCUCGAGUGGGAGGAUUGGAGUUCUCCCCAGGGAUGGUUUACAUCUCUCCCGACAGCCCACUCAGCCUGCCGGCCAUCGUCAGCAUUGCCGUGGCUGGUGGCCUGCUCAUCAUCUUCAUCGUGGCCGUGCUGAUUGCGUACAAGCGCAAGUCCCGCGAGAGCGACCUGACCCUCAAGCGACUGCAGAUGCAGAUGGACAACCUGGAGUCCAGGGUGGCACUAGAAUGCAAGGAAGCUUUUGCAGAGCUUCAGACAGAUAUUCAUGAGCUGACGAGCGACUUGGAUGGCGCUGGCAUCCCCUUCCUUGAUUACCGCACCUACACCAUGAGAGUGCUUUUCCCUGGCAUUGAAGACCACCCUGUCCUGCGGGAUCUGGAGGUCCCUGGCUAUCGGCAGGAGCGGGUAGAGAAGGGCUUGAAGCUCUUCGCCCAACUCAUCAACAACAAGGUGUUCCUGCUGUCCUUCAUCCGCACUCUGGAGUCCCAGCGUAGCUUCUCCAUGCGGGACCGUGGCAACGUGGCGUCACUCAUCAUGACCGUGCUGCAGAGCAAGCUGGAGUAUGCCACCGAUGUCCUCAAGCAACUCCUGGCUGACCUCAUUGACAAGAACUUGGAGAGCAAAAACCACCCCAAGCUGCUGCUGAGGAGGACGGAGUCUGUGGCAGAGAAGAUGCUCACUAAUUGGUUCACCUUCCUGCUGUACAAGUUCCUCAAGGAAUGCGCUGGUGAGCCGCUGUUCUCCCUCUUCUGCGCCAUCAAACAGCAGAUGGAAAAGGGCCCCAUUGACUCCAUCACUGGGGAAGCCCGCUAUUCACUGAGCGAGGACAAGCUCAUCCGGCAGCAGAUUGACUACAAGACACUGGUCCUGAGCUGCGUGAACCCCGACAACGUGAACAGCCCAGAGAUCCCCGUGAAGAUCCUCAACUGCGACACCAUCACUCAGGUCAAAGAGAAGAUUCUUGACGCCAUCUUCAAGAAUGUGCCGUGCUCCCACAGGCCCAAAGCUGCUGACAUGGACCUAGAGUGGCGGCAGACGAGUGGGGCCCGAAUGAUCCUGCAGGAUGAAGACAUCACCACCAAGAUAGAGAAUGACUGGAAGAGACUCAAUACCUUGGCGCACUACCAGGUGCCAGAUGGAUCGGUGGUAGCAUUAGUCUCCAAGCAGGUCACUGCCUACAAUGCUGUCAACAACUCCACUGUCUCCAGGACCUCAGCUAGCAAGUAUGAAAAUAUGAUCCGUUACACAGGCAGCCCAGACAGCCUGCGCUCCCGCACACCCAUGAUCACACCUGACCUGGAGAGCGGCGUCAAGAUGUGGCAUCUAGUCAAGAAUCAUGAGCAUGGAGACCAAAAAGAAGGUGACCGGGGAAGCAAGAUGGUGUCCGAGAUCUACCUGACCCGGCUGCUGGCCACAAAGGGUACUUUGCAGAAGUUUGUCGACGACCUCUUUGAGACGAUCUUCAGCACGGCGCACCGCGGCAGCGCCCUGCCCCUGGCCAUCAAGUACAUGUUUGAUUUCCUGGACGAGCAAGCAGAUAAGCACAACAUCCACGACCCCCACGUGCGGCACACCUGGAAGAGCAACUGUUUGCCACUACGGUUCUGGGUCAACAUGAUCAAAAACCCCCAGUUCGUAUUCGACAUCCACAAGAACAGCAUCACAGAUGCCUGCCUCUCGGUGGUGGCUCAGACCUUCAUGGACUCCUGUUCAACCUCGGAGCACCGUCUGGGCAAAGACUCCCCUUCCAACAAGCUUCUGUAUGCCAAGGACAUCCCCAGCUACAAGAAUUGGGUGGAAAGGUACUAUUCGGACAUCGGCAAAAUGCCGGCAAUCAGCGACCAGGACAUGAACGCCUACCUGGCGGAGCAGUCUCGCAUGCACAUGAACGAGUUUAACACCAUGAGUGCACUUUCCGAGAUCUAUUCCUACGUGGGCAAGUACAGCGAGGAGAUUCUCGGAGCCCUCGAUCAAGAUGACCAGGCUGGGAAACAGAAACUCACCUACAAACUUGAACAAGUCAUAACCCUCAUGAGCAUAGACAGCUGAGAACUGGCCUGCCAGGGGGACCCCUGGGAGGGAAAAACCAAGCCGUGCCUCAGUCAAGAUCACCAUCUUUACCAAGUGCAAGUGUAAGCAGAGUCACCUGAUCAGUGCUCUCUCUCUCUUCCUCUCUCUCCUCUCUCGAAACCUAUAGACCAGGCCCCAGGAUUCCCGGGAAGUGGUGGUGGAGGAAUCUCAGCUUUGGGGGACAUCGAGACAUUCAGGUGGAGCUCUCUUGUUCACAGCUUCCCCUUCCUCCCUCACCCUAGAAAUACCAUAUCCAGAUGGGAAACUGGAAGGUGGCCUCUGCCAUGCUGCUUUAACUGCCCUCCUGGGCCCAUAGCCCCAGAGAGGCCAUGGAAACAAACUCAGUAUUAUUAGACUCUUGCUACAGGGAAGCUACUCCCCUUGCUUAGCCUGCCUCCAGGGAUCCCAACGGGGGCAGGAAUGAACCUGGAUCCUUCUCCAGCAGAGCCGAUACAGCCCCUUUGGUCAACUUCAGUCCCACAGAUGGGAAUUCAAGGCAAAUCUGGGAAACCCCAGGAAGUUGGUUGAAAUUGGAGCAGGAGCAUUGUGGAACUGGGGACACUAACUAUCUGGGUGAACAGCAACGUGAGCCGUUCUCCAGGGAUGGGGGAAGGUGGGGGCCUCACCUUGCCCCUCGUCCAGUUUUUCAUACGUUUAUUAUUUUUAAAACAGAUCUGUGUCCCUCCCAGUCUUUCCAGUGUGUCCUGUCAACCAUGUAACUGCAACAAAAUGCUCUCUGCCUAGUUGUACCCCAUUGGUGGUAAUUGUGUCCUCCUAGUGGUGUAUUGCCCCCCGUUUCCAACCACGUCCCAGAGAAGACAAAUCACAAGGAACCAUGUUUCAUUCUGGCCUUGAAAAUCAUGAUGGCCCAGGAAAUGGAUAAGUUCUACCACAGGAUUUUUGUUUGUUUCUCUUUCUGAGCUGGAACAAGAUGGUUUUUGUUGAACGACGUGGGAUGUUUGCUGCAAAACGUGAGGGUAGGUCCAUGGGACAAUCAUCAAUAACUUUCUCUCAGGCUGCUCUCAGGAGGAAGUGACCUCGCUGCCAGGGGGGGAAGUGACCUCACACCUAUUGGGCCUUUUUCUUAAAAACAGUGCAAAGUUUUCUUCAUUAAUAUUCCAAACUAAGUGACUGUUUUUCAGCAACAUCUAGCCACCCUUCUCCUCCUUGCUCUCCUUUCCUGUCCCCAGACAUUCCUCAUGUCCCACUCCUGUCUCCGUCCCCAACAAAUGACUCAUUUUCAAAGCACAGCUGGUGCCUGCAAACUAUAUCCCUGCUCCUCCAGUCCCUGGUGCCAGCACUCAUUUGCCUCCCCUCCCUCCCGAGGUCAUGGUUGUCUCGGAAUGGGCAUGGAUGUGAGAUGAUGCUUGUCCACUCCACUUUCCUAGAACAGCUGCAUCUCCGAGGUCCAAGCCAUCUUGUAACGAAACAAGAGAGACCCAGUCCUCUCCUCAUUUUGUACGAUCGCAAACUGCUCACUUUGAUACCAUCUCAGCACAGCAUAGCGGAGACACUGACCCCAGAGCACAAACCAGAAAACCUCAGAUUUGGCACAUCACUAAGUGAGGAUGGAAGGAGGCGAUGGGUUUGCACCCGUCCCUCAAGGAAAACAAGAAUGCUUGCUAAGAACAUGCGCAGGAGUGAACUGCAGCCAGCUGCUUCCAUCCACAGAGGAUAGGCUUUGGUGGAUGAAGGGAAGAGGACAUCUGUUGCGUGUGAUGGGGAGGUGAUGGUCAGAUACAGUCUGGUUCAUAUAACUUGCUGUCAAAGCAAAAGCACUGUGUGACAGGGUAUUGCCUGUGGAUUGAAGAGUGGGCAGAGUAGGGGAAAAGAAUUAGUUAUCAAGUUGAUUUCAUUCAUCCACGCACUUAAAUACAUAGGCAAUGCUUUCUACAAUGGCCAAUGAACCAUGAUUCACAGUAGUAAGGAGGCUGUUGCAAGAUUUAUAUUCAAACAGUAAAAGCUUAGAGACACAUUUUGGUUUUAAAUACCAGGCACUGUGUGUGUGUGUGUGUGUGUGAUUUCUAUACGUUGUGCUUGCUUUCUUCUACGUUGGUCAACUGAUCGACUUGUCACGCACCUUACGGACAUUUCAACACUUGCUAGAGGACUGAGUGCUGGGGACGUUUUGGUUUGGGUUGGCAACGUCAUGGUUUUAAUAAUUUGGUUAGGUUGUAGUGUGUCCCUGAUCAGAUGGUUAUGGCAGUGGAGUGGAAAGAGCUAUGGGAGCCAGUGAUAAGGAAACACCCAAAAACUGCUUUUUUAAAAAAUACAUUAAAAAUGAAAGAAACCAAAGGUUUUGGAAAAGUGCCACAAAUGAUAAAUACAGACCCUAUUCCCAUGAUUUUUACUCAGCAGGCUGGUCGGAUCUAAAGAUAAAAAGUUGGUUUCAGAGAGAUGAGUGACCGGCAGCCAGCUGUGCUGCCCAGAGUUGGAUUUUGUUUGCACAUGUGAAGGGAGGGAAGGCGACAUUAUAUAUAUAUAUAUAUGUGUGUAAGAGGUAUUGAAGGAAACGUGUGAUUUUGCACAGCUAGAGAAGUUAAAAAAAAAAAAAAGAGAAAGAAGAGACGUGUCCUGAUUCUGUUUAGAGUUGCAGGCUUUUCAUUAUUUUAAUUUUUUGCCGGUACAGAAUUUUUCAACUUUUUUUUUUAAUUUGUCAAAGAAGAACUUGAACACCUCAGAGAACUGGCGAGAAUGAAAAACUCAUUGGAAGUGGGAAGCAUUGUGAGCUUCAAACCCUGACCCCCUUCUUUCCCCCAACCCCCAAGGAUUUUAAACAAAUCUGUAUUUUGCUUAUUUUUAUUUUUGUAUCUGAGCUUUUGGUUGAUUGGUUUUGCCUUGAAAAUGUGCCGAAAUUGUGAUGUGAAUGUUUGGGCUCUGCUCUCCAUGCCCCUGUGCCCCCGUACUCCCAUCUUUCCUGUCCCCAUGGUCCUAGGAAAUGUCUUGGCUCCCCCCUCCCCAAUUUAAUUUAUUUUUUUUAUGUGCAUGUGAAAUACAAUUAAAAACAAAGACACACAAACAGAAAGAAGAAUGAGCCUUGCAAUAAUCUAGGUGAGUUACUUUCCUGAUUCCUUUGCCUAUGUCUUUUCUCCGGCCACCUGUGACCACCCAGCCUGAGUGGUAUGUCACCCUCAGGCCUGGGAUUUAAGCUACCCAUUGACGGUUUGAUCCAAAGCUCACUGAAAUCAGUGGAGAAAUGCUCCACCCUCCUGGCUUCUUCGCCUCAGGGCCCAGAGUUCCUAGAUCACGUGUUGCUAUUUCAUGAGUGUGACCGACAUGCUGCAGGAAAGACAAUUAAAGAGCUCUGAAUGUCACCAGAUGUCACGAGGCAGGCCUGGGGGAUUCUGGCAGACUUCCGGACAAAUCCUAGCACUGGCCCUGUGGGUUUAGGUAAGGGAAAGGAAGAGUUAACUUGGGGGAUUGGCAUCUGGGUCUGAGCAUGUGGCAGCCACAGUACAAAGCACUGCCUAAGCGACCAUGUCCUCACUGGUGCUGCGCUCCUCCAUCUGUGUUGCUAGGACUGCUGGAGCACAUCCCGUGGAUCCUUGUGCUGCGUAAGCUGAGCUGCUCUACGAUUCUUUCCUAGUGAAUUGUGGAAGAACUUGGCUGUUCCUCUGGGCACAUGGGGGGAUUGUGGGAGGGGACUGGAAGAUGAUCAGCACUCGAGUGAUUUAGCCUGAGUGCUCACUGCAGCAUGAGUGAGAACGGAACCCAGACUGUAGUGUAGCCUGUAUCCCCAGCUAGCCCGGUGAGAGGGAUUUGUGUGUGGACAGGCAGUAGGUUAGAGGAGAUGGCUGAGUAACUCAGCAUUGCAGCCAUACUUUGAGGUCUGUAAAGGUGGAAUCUUUAGCAAACACUGUGAAGCGUAGAGAUGAUACAAACCCAGGAGAAAUCCUGGAACCACAGCCUCCUUCCUUGCAGGUGGGACUGGCCCCACACUGGUCCUGGGCAGAUUCAAUUCAUAGGGCAGAUCCUCAUCUGUUGGACACCUGCAUCGCUCCACUGGCUUAAAGGAGCUGCAGCACUGAUUUAGACAAGCUGAGGCUCUGACCCCUGUGAUUACCUCUUCAUCUCGUUCAGAUUUCGAUGCCCAGGCAUGAAAGCUAAGAUCUAAAGAGGUUUUGCCAGAUGAUAGCUGGUUGAUAAUUAGAUUGCUUGUCAAAAGUGCCGUGCUGGCUAAUUGAACCAUCUUAACCAUCAUCCCCAAGUGGAGGUUCUUACCCUAUCGAGAGAUGGUCAGGGCAACAAAUUCACAUUUUGGUCAUUAAUAGUGACAGAUUUUUUAAAGUCAAAUGGCCUUUUUCCCUAUUGGUGCAGAGAGCCAGCCAGGGCUGGCUCCAGGCACCAGUGCAGGAAGCAGGUGCUUGGGGCAGCCAGUGGAAAGGGGCAGCA